CUCUCACGCUUCCACAAACUGACGUCCAGUAAACUGCUGAAUCUCGUCUUGAAAAUGCCUAAUAUUCUGAUUGUCGGAGCAACACGAGGCCUGGGCAAGGCUCUUGCACAGGAGUAUGCCUCGAACCCGGAUAAUCACAUCCUCGCAACGGCACGAUCAUCAAGCCCGCCAGAGAGUUCUAACAAUAUCACCUACGUCCCCAACAUCGAUAUCAGUACCGAAGAAGCCAGCAGUAAUCUACUCCAAUUCCUGCACGACAAGUCCAUAACCCACCUCGACGUGGUCAUCAUCACCGCAGGAUACUUCGCCACGGAGUCGCUGGAAAAGCCCUCCUUCUCCGCCCAGGAGAAGAUGUAUCGCACCUGUGUAAUCGGACCCACCAUCCUCGUCACCUCUCUCGCAAACGCCACGUCCACGCUGCUUGACAACAAAUCGAAAGUCAUCCUCGUCUCCAGCGAGAGCGGAAGCAUAACCCUACGACACGAGAAGGAAGGCGGCGGAAACUAUGGACAUCACGCCAGUAAAACAGCAUUAAACAUGUCUGCGAAGCUCUUGUCCCUCGACCUCAAGGACCGCGGCGUCGCUAUCGCCACCGUGCAUCCGGGAUUCAUGCGCACUGAGAUGACCAAGGGAGUUGGAUUUGACAAGUACUGGGAUGAUGGUGGUGCCGUCACGCCCGAUGUUGCCGCUAAGAGUUUGGUGGAUUGGAUUGAGACCUUCGGGAUCGAGAAGACGGGAGAGUAUUGGGCACCGAGGGGAGCUGCGGAUAUUGGAACUGCGGAGCCGGUUCUUGGACCUAAGGACAAACUUCCGAUCCCUCUGCAACUCCCUUGGUAACUGUGUGCAUUGAUAGUCUACUAGAGGAAGUGUGCGAUUGAAAGGAAUUUCGGGUGUGAGAACGGCAUGGCGAGAGUAUAGAUCAUGAUGGUCAUCCAUU